GACGGCGUCAGCAAGGCAGACACGCUCGCCUGGAGGCGCGAUCUCAUCACCCCGUCUGUGAGCGAGAGCAGUCUUUCAUCAAUGGCUUCAUCAAGUGGGGACGAGGAGACUUCUGUCGAAUCGCUGAGCCCGGCAUCGAUACGGCAGGCCUCGCGGCAGGAACCGGCACUUGCUUCCGCCAACGCAUCUGACGGCCCGGUAGCCCAACUGGACCUGGGCUUUCCCCAAAAGGGAGAAUGGCUGCAGUACAAGUCUGUCAUGAGAAAAAUAUACGUGGAAGAGAAUCAGACUCUUGCCCAAGUGAGGGACCAUAUGAGAAGAAACUAUGGGUUUAUCGCCUCAAUCAAGAUGUUCAAGUCGCGGUUUAUAGCUUGGGGCUGGCGGAAAAACAUCAAGUUGACUGUGGGCCUCGACCCCAGACACGUGCAAGAAACUCCUUAUGAGGACUCUGUCAGGCCCGGAACCAAAAUACGCUUAGCUAAUGGUCAGAUCGUCGACACUUCCCGGCUUCAAAGACACCUUCGCCGGAAGAUGGUGUACACAAGAGUCCCUCUUACUGCAGUGGUCCGGCCACCAGAUUCACACCACAUCACCGAAGCAGUGUUCGCCUACACGCGCACGUACGCCUUCGGCCGACAUGAAACGGAGAUCACCUGCCUCUCGGAAGCACUCAGGACCAUCACACUUGAUGAGCCAAUGACGAGCCGGUGGUUCAGCUUCGCCGGCGAGGUCAAUACGGCCAUGAAGCAGCAGGACGUGAGCCGGGCUCUUGUCACCAUGCGAAGGGCACCUGAGGAAGUCGCCAUCAUGUUCAGGUCUCACCCCAGCACGACGAUCUGUAAUAUCUUCUCGCUCAUCGUACAGUUGAACGGCCAUGCUGAGGCAGCCACCGGUACGGAUGCCGAACAGUUCAGGAUUCUCCUCAAGGCGCUCCUCAGGUACGCCGCAUCGCUGGGUUUCUCCGGUGCCCUCGGCCUGCCGAACACGCACCCGCUGCCGCACCUCAUGCAGAGCCUGGCUCUGGUCCCGCACAGCGAGCUGGGCGAGGUGGCGAUCAGGGCUUGGAAGGUGUGCUGCCAGGCAUGGGCUGAGAUGACCUUCCCCAGCACCGUCUCCGGGGUUGGCUCAAAGUCGCUUCGGACAUGGCUGCGCGUCAGCGACAGGGGCGACAUGGAGGGCAUGUGGUUCUUCAGGCUUAUAGAGGGGAUGAUCAACGAGCAAAUGGAAGCCUUCGAGCAGAUGUACGGCAAACGUGACUUCAGGUAUAUUGAGACCUUGCAGUCCAAAGCCGACUUACUGUCGUUUGUUGCUAUGGGUCAAGGGCGCAACUGUUAUACAGAUCCGAGGAUCAUAGCGAUAUACCAGCAAAUGGCGGAACAUGCGGUACGAGGGCCACGGUGGGCUGCAGCUUUGGAUUUCCUUGCCAAAGGGUACGAGCAAAGCAUAGUAAUAAACCAGGGAAUAGCAUUAGCAACGUAAUAUUACAUACAUAGUCUAGCACAUAACUGUGAAUUGAAGCAUAAUGCGAU